GUGGACGAAUACCGAGCGGAACAGAAAAUAGAAGAACAGAAAGAGCAUCAAACGGGCACCUUCUCCUCUACGCUGUCACGUGAGGUGCGUUUGCUACAGAGCCUGGAACACCCCAACAUCAUCCGACUGUAUCAGGUGGUUGAGACUGAGUAUGAGUACUACAUCAUCACCGAGUUUGCGCCGGGGGGCGAAAUCAUCGACUACAUCGCCAAGAAGGAGCAUUUGACCGAGAAGGAGGCCCGACGGUUCUUCCGAGAACUGGUGUCGGCCAUAGACCAUUGCCACCUGUCCGGGGUUCUACAUAGGGAUUUGAAGUUGGAGAACAUUCUCUUAUCGGCCGAGAAGCACGUGCUGGUCACGGAUUUCGGACUAGGGCGUUCGUACCAAGCCGAAAAUCUCUGUGGUACAUUCUGCGGCACCCCCUUAUAUGCUGCACCUGAAUUGGUAUCUGGGACCAAAUAUUUUGGACCGCCUGCGGAUAUAUGGGCCAUGGGAGUGGUGCUAUACGCCAUGGUGGUGGGCAAACCCCCUUUCCAGGCGGAUAAUAUGUCUGAGCUAUAUCGAAGGAUAAAGAAUGUGGAGUUCAAAUUCCCGGAGUGGUGCUCGCCAGAGUUCCGCGAUGUGAUUGGUCGGAUCUUCACCAAGGACACGAACGAGCGUAUCACCAUGGAUGAGCUACGCACACACACGUGGGUGGUGGGCGAAUACGGCAACCCACCCCUGCGCCUACAGCCGGAGAAGGCCAUAGUAGAGCUCAAUUCCCGCGACGCCAAGGCAUGUUAUAUGUAA